AUGUCUCUUUCAGCCAGCAACGCGGUGGUCAACCCAUCCUUCGAAUCUGGCGCUCUGUUCCCGUGGCGCGCAUCUGCCGUCAACGUCGCGACUGUGAGCAAUGCGACCAGCGCUUACAGCGGUGAAUACUAUCUCAACCUGCAAACUGCCAUCGACAACGGCGGCAACACCGUCUCUCAGAACCUCGAGAAUCUGAAGCGUGGAACAAAAUACGACUUCAGUGCGGAGGUUCAGGUCCCCGAGGAUGGCGCCAGUUACUGUUCUGUCUACGUCUAUAUGGGCCGCAAUGCGACUGUCGGCCAGGUUGCCACUGAGUUCGUGUCGGACUUUGGCAAGUGGGUUUCUGUGACCGGAAGCUAUACCCCGAAAAGAUCCGAGGAUCGCUUGAGUAUUGUUGCUGCGUGUGACUUUGAAGAUAAUUCGGUGACGGGCCGGGUUUAUAUUGAUGAUGUUAUUUUCGCGCCGAGUGGGAGCUGUGCAUCGAACUAG